GUCCUAAUCGAAAAUGUACCCACCUCCUACAACCCCAGCUCACUACACACCAACUCAAACAUUGAAAUGAAUGAUGGACUCAAACCAGGAACAAUCACAAAAGCAAGAUGGAUCAAGCCGGUAGCCCAAUGCAAGCUGGACCAAAGAACUGCGCAC